AUGUCAGAACUCGACCAUUACGACUACGCUCUGCCGCGAGAAUUGAUCGCGCAGCAGCCGCUCAAGAAUCGAGCCGACGCGCGACUGCUCGUCGUCGAUCGCCGCUCGGGUGAACUGACCCACGCCCAUGUUCGCGAUCUGCCCGAGCUACUCAACCCGGCCGAUUGUCUCGUGCUGAACGACACCCUCGUCGUCGCCGCGCGACUCAUUGGCCGCCGCAAAUCAACCUCCGGUCGUUGGGAAGGCCUGUUCCUUUCGGUCGACGACGACGGCUUCUGGCGGAUCAUCUGCAAAACCCGCGGCAAGCUCGCCCCCGGCGACGCCAUCACCCUCAUCGAUCGCGAAGCCCAGGAAGACAUCGAACUGUGGUUGCUCGAAAAACAAGAGGGCGGCGUCUGGGUCGCGCUACCCAAGAGCGACGAGUCGCCCUGGGACAUCCUCGACCGCCUGGGGCGUGUUCCCCUGCCGAACUACAUCCGCAAAGGUGAGAUGAUCGACGAAGAUCGCCAGCACUAUCAAACCGUCUUCGCCCGCGCCCCCGGUUCAGCGGCCGCCCCCACCGCCGGCCUGCACUUCACCGAGGCCCUCCUCACCCAGCUCAAGUCGCAAGGCCUCGAUACCGCCACCGUCACCUUGCACGUUGGCCUCGACACGUUUCGUCCCGUGAAGGUCGACACCCUGGCCGAGCAUCAAAUGCACAGCGAAUGGUGCCAGGUCGACGAAGAAGCAGUCUCCACCAUCAAACGCCGCCGCUCCAGCGGAGGCAGAAUCAUCUCCGUCGGCACCACCACGCUCCGCGUCCUCGAAACCGCUGCCCGCGGAGGAGAACUCCAACCCUUUCGCGGUUCAACCGAUCUCUUCAUCCGCCCCCCAUUCGAAUUUCACACCACCGACGCACUGCUCACCAAUUUCCACCUCCCCCGCUCCACGCUGCUCGUCCUGGUCCGCACCUUCGGCGGCGACGAACUCAUCCAACGCGCCUACCAAGAAGCCAUCCAAGAAGACUAUCGCUUCUACAGCUACGGCGACGCCAUGCUGUUCAAGAACCUGGGCUACCCGCUUCGCCUGCCAUCCGUUUCGCCGCCUCCCCCGCCGCAUCAUUGUCAGCCCACCAUCAACCGCGCUAUACUGUGCCCCAAUGGCUCGCCACUUCGAACCUCUUUCGCAAGGAUUCGCACGAUGUCUCAGGUUCAAACCGAACGCGUUCUGGUAGUUCCCACGCCGGUUUUUCACGACAUCGGGCAUUUCCAAGGCUUCUCGCAAGACGCCCAGCGUUACCUCGAUGGCCUGCUACGUGACGAGCACCUCAGUUUCCGGGCCCGUCACGAAGUGGAAGAAGACCCCAGCUUCAAGCAGCUCAUCCCGUACGUCAUCUUCCGCUACACCGAUCCGCAGAACGGCGACAUGGUGUUCCAAUACACCCGCGGCACCGGUCAGGGCGAAGGCCGUCUGCACCGCAAACGCAGCAUCGGCAUCGGCGGACACAUCUCCUCCGAAGACGCCGACAACCGCACUGGCACGGCCGCCUACGAAAUCGGGCUGCAGCGUGAACUGUCAGAAGAGGUCGCCAUCGAAACCGAAUUCGACGCCUCCUGCGUCGGGCUGAUCAACGACGACGACACCGAAGUCGGACGAGUGCAUCUCGGCAUCGUCCACAUCUACGACGUCAAGCAGCCCGCCAUUUCCCCCCGCGAAACUGACAUCGCCGAAGCCGGCUUCGAACCCAUCGACGCCCUCCUCGCCAACCAAAAGCAAUUCGAAACCUGGUCGCAGAUCUGUUUAGAAGCGCUGUUCGGCUAA